CUACUUCCUCCGUCUAAAAAAGAAUACAAAUUUCAAUUCCCAAAAAGUCAAACAAUUUCAAAUUUAUAUAAAAGUUAUUAAUAUUUGUAUCUCCAAAUAGAUUUCGUAUGAAAAUAUAUUAUAUGAUUAGUCUAAUAAUACUUAGUUUGUAAUAUAAAAAUUAAAACUAUUUCAUAUAAAUUUCGUUAAAUUUAAAAUUUUUGACUUCUCAAUAAGAGAUUUGCGUUCUUUUCGGAAUGGAGGGACCUGGAUCAGUAGCCGUCCAUCCAUUCGAUUGACGACCAGGUUCCUCCUCUUCCUCGAAAUCCUAUCCUCCUCCGCCAUCCUCCCAGGCGCGCACGCGCGCUGCUCGCCCGCCGGCCGCCGCCGCCGGGGCGAUCUUCCAGGGCCUAGAGCUCGCACCCGCCCCAGCCCCUCCACCGACCUCAGCCAUCUCAUUUUCCAACUCCGGUGAGCUUCUUCAUCACGCAUUCGCCCCCGCCCUCCUUCCUCUUCUCCGGCCGCACCCGCCGCCUGCUCCCCCCGUGUCCCGGAGUUGUCGUCCGAAUGGCGGCGUGGCAGGAGAGGGCCUUGCGGCGUUGCCUCCUCGUGCCGCUAUAACUGUUUAUCCUUCCUGCGGAGCCGUUGGUCGCCCCUCGUCGUGCGCUCGCCCUGGUCCUUUGCCAGUUGCCACUCGCCGGAGAUGGCGCUGCAGGCCCAGCAGCUGCCCUCCUUCUCCUUCUCCUUCUCCUUCACCCCUCCGACUCUCCGGACCUUCCACCCUAGCCGCCCCCUCAAAUAUGCGCCGUCCUCCAGAUGCUUCCUUCACUCCCACUCCCAAUUCCACACCCCGCGGCCGCGAAGGUACCCAGUCGCCUGCCCUCCGCAUCUUUUCUUGCAAGGACAGGGAAACGAAGGCGACGACGACGGGGAGGAGUCGGUGGAAAGCUGGGGUGGACCUGCUAGCCCCUUCCGAGAUGAUACUGAUGGGGAGGGCGGCGACGCCUCGGAGGACGAAGACGAGCUUCAAGAAUCCGACGAGGAUGAGGAUGAGAAGGAAGGCGGAGAGGGAUUGGGCGAGUGGGACCCGCCUGUCAGUCCCUUUCGAACGCAGCGCGAGGAAACGCACUACCAAGAAGAAGAGGGAGAGGACGAUGCAGAAGGAUGCCAGUGGUUGGACCCGACCUCCUUCUUACCAAGCCAAGAAGGGGUGAGCGGCGUUUGCAGAAGCACCAGCAUGGCAACCAUGGAAGCAAUCCUCACCUUUGCCAGGAGCCCGGCAGCGGCGGGAGACUCAGCAUUCACCGAAUUCUUGUCCGGUUACAGCCACGAGGACCUCAGCGAGGGGGCCUGCGUGGAAUUGAUGAGGAGGAUGUCUGAAGAGGGGCUGGCAUUGGGCUGUGUCCACCUGUUCCAGUGGUUGCGGGGGAAGCAGCCGGUGCUGGUGUCACCACAGGUGUGGCUGGCAGGUAUUGUUGCGCUUGGGCGGUGCCAGAUGGCUGAUGAGGUCUUGGAGAUUGUGGCAAGAUUGCCUCCUGCGAGGGAGUUCCGCGAGGCAGUUGUUUACAAUGCCGCUAUAUCUGCUGUUGCCUACUGCGAGAGAUAUGAUGGUGCCUGGAAAAUUUUUGAGCUCAUGGAAAAGAACAAUAUCCAACCUGAUCACAGGACAUCCUCAAUCAUGCUUAAUAUUAUGAAGAAUACUAAGGCAUCUGCUAAGGAUGCAUGGGAGUUUUUCCAACGGAUGAACAGAAAAGGAGUUAACUGGAGCUUGGAUGUUGCUGCUGCUUUGGUCAAUAUCUUUUGUUGUGAGGGGCUCAGAAAGGAAGUUUUAAUCAUCCAGUCAGAAAUGGAGAAGAGAGGAAUUGCAUCAAACACAAGCAUAUAUAACAUGUUAAUGACGGCAUUCUGCAAAUCUAACCAAAUUGAAGAAGCUGAGGGGCUCUUUGUUGAGAUGAAAGAAAAAGGUUUGCAACCAACAAUAACAACUUAUAAUAUCCUUAUGGAUGCUUACAGUAGGAGAUUGCAGCCAGAAGUUGUUGAAUUGUUACUUCUGGAGAUGCAAGAUUUGAGUUUAAUUCCAAAUGCUGGAUCAUACAAUUGUCUCAUAAGAGCCUAUGGUCGGCAAAAGAAAAUGAGUGAAAAGGCUGAAGAUGCUUUCUUGAGGAUGAAAGCACAUGGCAUUAAGCCAUUAUCUUCUUCAUACACUGCACUACUUUGUGCAUAUGCAGUUAAUGGACUACAUGAAAAAGCUCAUACCAUGUAUAUGGAUAUGAAAAGUGAAGGACUUAAACCUACGUUAGAAACAUAUACAGCUUUAAUUGACACUCUUAGGAGAGCUGGUGACACAGAGAAGCUAAUGGAGACAUGGAAAAAUAUGAUUGAUGAAAAGGUUGGUGGAACAAGAGUCAUAUUCCACAUGAUACUUGAUUGUUUAGCAAAACAUGGGUUAUACCAUCAGGCAAGGGAUGUUAUAUAUGAAUUUGGAAAGAUUGGUUUAAAGCCUACUGUUAUGACAUACAACAUUUUGAUGAAUGCUUAUGGCAGAGGGGGGCAGCAUUACAAAUUGCCCCAACUCCUGAAAGAGAUGGCUGCUCUUGAACUAAAACCAGACUCCAUUACAUAUUGUACAAUGAUAUAUGCAUAUGCCCGUGUUCGCGACUUUUCGAGGGCAUUCUAUUACCACAAGAAGAUGGUUCGAAGUGGGCAAAUACCUGAUCCUAGGUCGUACAGAAAACUGUUGAACACUUUGGAUGUGAAGGCUGCAAGAAAGAAUAUAAAGGAUAAGAGUGCAAUACAAGGGAUCAUAAAAGGCAAGGCUGGCUUAAAGCCUAGGAAGGAAAAGAAAGACGAGUUUUGGAAGAACAGAAGAAAGCGGUCUAUGCUGAACUCAACUUAUGGACACCAAAGAAAAAGAUUUUUGUGAAUUUACCUUCGGUGUACAUUCAAUUGUGUUCAAGAUUUACAUCCUAUUUCAUGGUCCCUGCAUUUUCGCUCUUGAAAGUUGAAAUGUUAAGUUGGAGCCUGUGCUAUAGAUAUGCAUUUUCCUUUUCUGCUCUCAGUAACCUGAAUCAACUUUAAGGGUUUGUCUUUGAACAUGAUUGGCCUUGAAAACCAUUCAGGUUCUUAUAGAGAACUAUGGAGAGGAUGUCUACAAAUCAAAGACAAGCGGAAUCUACAGUCUGAAUGCAAUGCUGCUACCUCCUCUCAUUGAAACGAAAAAAGGUGCAAGUUUGCUACACAGGAAUUUCACUCGUAGAAAUAAAAUUGUUAUGCUUCAGAAUUUGGAGCUAAGAGCACCAGUGCAUUGGUUUCAGACUUCAGAGAACAACAGGAAUACUCUAGCGUAUAGUGUUUCUGAUGGUUCUGCAGUUUCCUUGACAGCUGGCGUCAAAAAGAGUUUCCUUGACAGCUCCAACUGUCAGUAAUAUCUGCAAAACGGAGGCAAAGAAAAACAAUAAAGUUGAAAGAGCAAUAAAGUUGAAAGAGUAUGAAGCGCAGUUCUCUUGUGUGUUCGAGAAAAAAAAGAGUAUGAAGCGUCAUCUUGAAAAACAGGUUGACCGAAAAAUGCUUCAGUAACUGCAGAAAUGACCUGGCAACUGUGUAUUCAGUAACAAGGAAAGACAAGCACUUUGAUCCUUGGAGUUGAGCAUUCCCUUCUGCAACAGUAAUAACUUGCCAAAAUAUUAAAUAUCUCCCUUCUGCAACUGAUCUCAUUCUGACAAAAAACCAGGGCCAAUAGUAGGACAUUCAGUGGUUCGCCACUCUUAAAAUGUAUUCCAACGUGAAUUGGCUUGACCUUCAGUGAUCUUUUUGGGCUUUCUUUUUUGAACACA